CAUUUAGCAACUGAAGAAUCAGCACAGUUUUCUACUCCAAAAUCUGACAUAAACGUUCAACGGCGGCGGUUCAUUUCUUCACACCUAAACUCUCAGUAAAGUGAAAAUUCUGAGAAAUGCCUGUGGUUCGGACGAUUUUUCUUCAGUUUCACUCGGCUUCAAUUUCACCCUUUUUAUCGUCUGCAAUUCCUGCGAGUAACAAUAUCUCCGAGAAAUUUACCGUUUCGUGCUGCUCGUUAGCAUCGCCAGUUACUGUGGUAAAUGGAAAUGUAGAGAAAAUGCCGUCUGAGAGAAAUGAAGUUCGGCUUGGCUUGCCAAGUAAAGGUCGAAUGGCUACAGACACUCUUGAUCUUCUCAAGGAUUGUCAAUUGUCAGUGAAGCAGGUGAAUCCGCGGCAGUACGUUGCAGAAAUUCCUCAGAUUUCAAAUUUAGAAGUUUGGUUCCAGCGGCCAAAGGACAUUGUGAGAAAGUUGGUGUCUGGAGAUCUCGACCUUGGUAUUGUUGGUCUGGAUACAGUUAGCGAAUAUGGCCAGGUGAGAAUUGGGCUGGAGUAUAUGGUAAGCAUAUUUGUGAUACACCUGAAGGCAGCAAAAUUUUCCUAUGAAGUGUAUAGUUUUACGAUACACCUCAAUCUAUUCUUUUACGAGAAUACCAAAAUAAGGCCCCAUUACAAGUUGCUAACAGAUCCAAACAAGUUUAAUGAUUCAUCUUUAAACAUGCAGGGGCCCACUGUAAGUCCAGUUUUUUGUAAACGUGAUGGAAGGGUGACUGCUGACUAUUAUGCCAUAGUUAUUUGUGUACCAAAGAAAGCACUGUACAAAUCUGUUCAGCAGCUUAGAGCGAUUGGAGGCAGUGGUGUUCUGAUAUCUCCUCUGACCUACAUCUUCGAUGAAGAACCCCCAAGAUGGAGCCAGCUUCUUUUAAACCUUGGGCUUUAGUCAUCAUAUUCACUAGGUGCUGCAGUUAAUUUUCCACAUCCUUCAGCGAAGUCCAAGGACGGACAUGGGAUGGAAUCGGGGGAGACUGGAGAGUCAGUGUAAAAAGUUAAACAGAAAUUGAGAUUAUUCAUAUUUGUAUUAAUCCUCAAGUUUCGCGAACAGUACACUGCCAAUUUGUUUUAGAUUUUAUACAAUAGAAUUUGCCCUCUCUUGCUGUACAACUUGUAAUGGUCGUAUUAUGGGCAAUUUUUUUUCCGCUAGAUUAUUCUCAUGUUGCAACGUUUCCGUGUAAGUCCGACUUUUGCUGCUAUUAUCUCACUUAUGGGAUCUUGGUUGAGGAUUCUUUGUUUGUGUUAUAUGGCGUAAGCUGAAGAUUCACAUCGUAA